AUGUUUUCCUAUAAAUGGAUGUAACGAUACCUGAAAUCCUCUAAUUUCCCAUAAAUGGCCAUGGACAACUGUGAAAACAGUCUGUACGGACCCAUCCGAAUGUAAUAAAUCCUAAAAUCUCACGUCAAAAUUAUCUUACAUAUCUCUUCGCCCACUCCAUGCACAAUUCAUUCGAUUCUCUAUCUCCCAAGUGUGACAGAAACAAAAACGUACACUUGGUUUUCCAAUGGGGUGUGGUGGAUCAAGGCCUGACAAUAGAGCUGAUGUGUUGCCAGCCAAACUUCGGCCCCUUCUCUGGAAGAGGUAUGAGGAGAUGAAAAGACAGAAAAAUGCACGUAUUGUGAAAGAUUCACCCAACCAUUCUAAGAAAGAACUGCUUAAAGAUGGCGUUUCCGAUGGUGAUAGCUCUCCAAGAGAUAAUGAUCGCAGGAGUAUAUCCUCACAAGAGGAUGAUGUGAAGGUGGCACCGGCCCCAGAAUGUGACGAAACAACGACUGAAAAUGUCAAGAUUGCCAAGGCUGUGGAAUUAAAACCAGAAUUCAACAAACAAUGUGAACAAGCAACAUUGCCUGCAGGCUCUAUAAAUAUAAUAUCAAAUGAAACAAGCACACAAAUGAAGGAGGUAGAAACACCAGUGGCAGGGUCUCAAGGCUUGGCAUCAGCAGCACCAUAUAAUAAUGAAACGAGCGACAAACAAGAUAGCAAACAUGGAGAAGAUGGAGAGCACAAGACCUUGGAGGCAAUGGACACAGCCAUGAAAAAUGUGAAUGGAAUAGAAAUGUGUGGAGAUAAGAAUGAACAGGAUUCGGAACUAGAAGAUGAACUCAGAAGCAUGGAUGAAAGUUGCAUAUGUCCAGGAUCGCCGAGUUUCAGAGUAUAUUUUAUUGAAUCAUCGAAUACAGAUGACGAAGAUAAGGAUGAUGACACAGACAAAAAAUUAUCAAGUGAUCAGGACAGCAGCGAGGUCAUUGAAUCAGUGAAUUCUAAUGAGCUCUCAGGGACCAUCGAAAAGAAGAAAGGAAAGAGAGGGCGAAGAUUCAGGGUCAUUCCUAAGGGAAAGAAUCUGCUUAAAGUUAAAUCAUGCUACUAUCCAACUUGCUCUGGUGGCCAUGAUAAAGCUCGUCUUCUUAGCCAAUAAGAAGUCGAUCGAUUAUGCUAGGAAGAUUGAAGGAAGCCCUGAGAUUUUUUUGGGUGUUCCUUUUCGCCUUCUGUAGUCACAAUCCUGUUCUUCGCAAUGAUAGGAAAUUGCUUCGAUCAUCAAGUGUUUUCAUAUCAACUAGUCAGCCAUGACUGUAUAGGUGUAAAGUAUUGUGUGUUUUUUUUUUUUUGAGAAAUUUGUCAAAGAAACCAUUUUCCUUGCUCCAUCUACCAAUGAUGCAAACAAAUUUCAAUAAAUUUGAUAAUUAUGUCAA